AUGUUAAGUGCAGUAGCGGCAGUGCUAGCAUGCCUCUGCGUGGCGCGCUCUUCGCAGGCCGAGCCGUACAACCUGCGAGCGUACACAAAGACCCCCAAGGACAUAAACAGUAUUUUAUCCAGUAUUGAAGAACGACUUCGCAUUUUGGACACGAUCAGUGAAACUCAAGAGAAACAAGCACGCCGCUUAGAUUUCAUACAAGAUAAAAUCGAUCGCGUGGAAAAUACAUUGACUUUAAAAUUAGAAAGAGCCCAAUUAGGAGCAGAAAAGCUUGAGCACAGAUUACACAUGCUGCAGACUAAUGUGCAGAUAGCUAUCAAAGAGAGCAGUGAAAAGCUUGAAAAAAGUCAAAUGAAAAUAGCAGACUUGACGUACAACCUAACUCAACAUAUCGUUAUACAUAAAAAGUUAUUAGAAAAGCUCAACGGCGCAUACGCAGACACAUGGCACCGGAGCUUAGUGCUGGAGUCUCUCAUGAGAGACGGUCUGUCGGUAGUGAAUGUGACGAGACGAGAGCUAGCAGACGGACUGAGAACCUUAGCCAGGCGCCAGAGAGACGCGAGGGUGAAUUCGAACGACUUAGAUAUAAUGUUUACCAAACGAUUCAAUGAGAACACAAACAAAAUUGAUCAAAAGAUGCAGGAGCUAUUGGAUGCUCAAAAAAGUUUCAUCGAUUCGUGUCAGCAAGUGCAACGGGAUGAUCCUCAGCCAGUAGCGGAUGUAUUAGAAAAACUUAUUGAAUCGCUUCUUAAAAUGAAGACUUCCACAUUCCACGAGUUGCACAGGAUUCAAGAUAAUAUUAAUAGACAUGACAACAAAGUUGCAAAGGUUUUAAAUUCGCAGACUGAUGUUACUUGUCGACGUCUAGAAAGUGCUUUUCGAAAUACAUCGCACACUAUACUAAAAGAAAAUGAAUUGCGACAAUUAACGGAGAAAUUUAUUUCGUUGACCGACCGAGCUGAUGACGCUUUGCAACGUUUGGAAGCACAAAUGAGGAUUGGACCUGAGGAACCGCUACCCGUGUCUGACAUAUCCGCUGAAGCUAUCAAACUAAUGCAAAAAUUAGUACACGACCGCGAGUCGGACAGAGAAUCCAAAGAAUACUACGAUUCCGAAGAUGACACAGGCUAUUUCCACGACGGCGAUGGAGGAGGAGAUAUUAUCGGCGAAGAUAAAGCGAUUCUAAGUGGGGUCUUCAGGAGAAAAACUAGGACUACCACAGUACGUCCCAUGCACCGAAGACAUCUGCAUAAACACCCCUAUGACCGUGGCCCUUCUAUUAGAGAUACUUCAAACUAA